GAUCUUUGCGAUUCGAUUGUUGCAGAUGCAAGCUUUAUCAUUGAUCGUGUCCGGUUGGCCUCGCAUUGUGGUUUCGAUGGCAGAGGUGUCGUCUUCUUGCCAGAUUUAAUGUUCCUCAGGUGAUCAAUCAGUUCCUUUCUCCCCUAUAAAUUGUCCCCUUGGUUUUUGCUUUGCAUUGGUUUCAAGGAUGGGUAGGUUCUGUUUCGUAGAAGGUCAACUCUUCAAUCGAUAUUUGACCCUGGGCAUGUCGUUCUGACCAAAAAAUGCGAUCUUUGACCGGUCUGGGCAUUGCUUUGAGCCUAAUCUCAGGUUGCUUGUUCUUGGCUCUCGUUGCAGAGCUGUCCUAUUUAUUUUGGUGGAAGACGAGAACUAACAGGGCCAGAGAGCUGCUUCAUCUUUUCUGCUGGAGGAAGCCAUCGUUUCCCGGUUCCACACAAGUCAACCCCCGAGAGAUCUCCGCCACAGUGGAUGUAGCUGCUUCCUCCGAGGAGGGACAACUGCAGCUGCAGCACCAUUCGAGCUCUAGCAGGGCCAGAGAGCUGCUUCAUCUCUUCUGCUGGAGGAAGCCAUCUUUUCCCCGUUCCACAGAAGUCAACCCCCAAGAGAUCUCCGCCACAGUGGAUGUAGCUGCUUGCUCCGAGGAGGGACAACUGCAGUUGCAGCUCCACUCGAGCUCUAGCAGGGCCAGAGAGCUGAUUCAUCUCUUCUGCUGGAGGAAGCCAUCUUUUCCCGGUUCCACAGAAGUCAACCCCCAAGAGUUCUCCGCCACAGUGGAUGUAGCUGCUUGCUCCGAGGAGGGACAACUGCAGCUGCAGCUCCACACGAGCUCUAGCAGGGCCAGAGAGCUGCUUCAUCUCUUCUGCUGGAGGAAGCCAUCUUUUCCCGGUUCCACAGAAGUCAACCCCCAAGAGAUCUCCGCCACAGUGGAUGUAGCUGCUUGCUCCGAGGAGGGACAACUGCAGUUGCAGCUCCACUCGAGCUCUAGCAGGGCCAGAGAGCUGCUUCAUCUCUUCUGCUGGAGGAAGCCAUCUUUUCCCGGUUCCACAGAAGUCAACCCCCAAGAGAUCUCCGCCACAGUGGAUGUAGCUGCUUGCUCCGAGGAGGGACAACUGCAGUUGCAGCUCCACUCGAGCUCUAGCAGGGCCAGAGAGCUGCUUCAUCUCUUCUGCUGGAGGAAGCCAUCUUUUCCCGGUUCCACAGAAGUCAACCCCCAAGAGAUCUCCGCCACAGUGGAUGUAGCUGCUUGCUCCGAGGAGGGACAACUGCAGCUGCAGCUCCACUCGAGCUCUAGCAGGGCCAGAGAGCUGCUUCAUCUCUUCUGCUGGAGGAAGCCAUCUGUUCCAAGUUCCACAGAAGUCAACCCCCAAGAGAUCUCCGCCACAGUGGAUGUAGCUGCUUGCUCCAAGGAGGGACAACUGCAGCUGCAGCUCCACUCGAGCUCUAGCAGGGCCAGAGAGCUGCUUCAUCUCUUCUGCUGGAGGAAGCCAUCUGUUCCAAGUUCCACAGAAGUCAACCCCCAAGAGAUCUCCGCCACAGUGGACGUAGCUGCUUGCUCCGAGGAGGGACAACUGCGGCUCCAGUCGAGCUCUAGCAAUGGAGAUGAUGACACUGUGGAGGCUGAGCUCAUGAGGCUCCAUAGCCUUGCAGGCCCUCCGAGGUUUCUCUUCACCAUUAACGAGGAGAGCAAGGAGGAUUUGGAGUCAGAGGAUGUAAGGUCCGGAGGCAAAAAGAGCUGGAGUGAUUCGUUCGAUCGUUCAGACACCCCAUUCUUGACCCCUCUCUCUUCCCCUCCUUUCUUGACUCCACCUCUCACUCCUUUAGCUCGCUUCAAACACAGUGCUUUCAACCCCCUCUUUGAAUCCUCAAAAGAAGAAGACUUCUUCAGGAUCUGAUCCUGGUGCUGCAGGCAACAACAACACUGGAGCAAGUUCCAAGAUUUAUGAGUUUGCUCGAGGAUCUGCUGCUUCAUUCUGUGCAAGAACUUUCUCUGCCCGGUUUUUGUUCUCAGUCUGGACAACAAGGAGAUUCUCGGAACAGCUUUUCUGAUCAUGUCUCAACAGGCAUAACUCUUACAUUUGAGCCAUGAACGCACCACAAAAAUGCAAAGCUCGUCUUAGAACAUCCCCAAAGCUAUGAUGCUUCAACUCCCAGUCAAACAGCAAGAACAGGCUCUCUGGGCCAUUCUGGUUUCCCUAAAGCAGAGAAGUCACAUCAGAGACAAAAUCCAAUGGAAUCCCAUGCCAACUUUAAUCCUCUACCUUUUGCUUUAACCAAAACACUUGUGGUUGGUCCAGAAAAAGAAGACUUGGAUUAGCCUUCUAUUAUAUAUAUAUAUAUAUAUAUAGUAGAUACUAAAGGACCUCUUAAUUUGAUGAGUCUGAACUAUCAAUACAAAAUGGUGAGGUCCAAGUUAAUGUUUACAAUGUUUACUACUGAAGGCCUUGAUGUUCAUAUUGUAUAUAUCUAAUUUGAACGGGUAAAAGAUAGAAGAUAUGGAACUCAUCAUCCCAAAUGGAAUAAAGUUUGACCUAAUCAUGCAACAACAUGUAAUGGAGGAUGGCAUGGUCUCUACCUUUGACUAGUUAAGCCAAGUUUUAUACUUGAUGCCCACUUGUUUAGCUUUUGGGUGAGGCAAAUGGCGUGAGGAAUGUGAGCUUCU